GAAGGAGUACUAAUUGUCCCAUAAUUAAACAAUUUGAUUUUUUAGGAUAAUAUAUCAAACCUUGCCUGGGCUCCAAUUAAUAAUUAACUAACACGUAAGCUAAUUAACUAAUAAAUUAAUUAGUUAUGAUUCUUGAAUUAUUACUCUUAAAUAAUUAGCUGUCCAAACUGUAAAAAGCUUAAGUGAAAAAUUGAAGUUAAAUCUUGGCCUUAUUUGAACCCGAGACACAAGUUCAAGGGCCAAAAACGAACUUAUGGAAAUUAGAAGCACAUGUCUAUUUUCCUUUUUUACAGGAUAACUCUUUGUAUUUGAAAAGAUUGGGACCCACUCGACUCGACAUUCCUUUUCCCAUUACUUAAAAAAUAAAAAAGAAAAGAAAAACCGCUUCGAUCUCAAAAGUAUUUCUUUCUCUCACCACUGUCUCACAUUCCCUGUCUUUUAGUAACCGUCUCCAAACUGCAACUACAUAAGCAACUUCUUCUCCAUAUUUUCACUCUUUUUGCUGCCUUUUCAUUUCUUUGAUUUUGAUUUUGGUUUUAUCAAGAUGACUAACAACAACACCGAUUCAGACCCUGAUUUCUGUUUUCCAUCAUCUUCUUCGCCUCAUUUCCCCUACCACCAUCAAAAGAUGCGUAAAAAACGAACCAAAAUGAUAAAGAUUGAACCUUCUUCUUCCAAUCUGGUUUCUUCUGCUACUGCAAGUGAAACGUUUAGCAACAUUGUCUCCAAGCCAAAAUACUACGCUAGAAAACCUGACCCAUCUGCACCAAAGAUCACAAGACCUUGUAGUGAAUGUGGUAAAAAGUUCUGGUCGUGGAAAGCGCUCUUUGGCCACAUGAGGUGCCACCCAGAACGACAAUGGCGUGGCAUUAAUCCACCACCUAAUCAUCGCAGGCCACCCGUUCCUCCAAUUCAAGAAAUCGGUAACGUAGAGGAUCAAGUUGUUGUGAUGAUGACUGCAGAAGAUCAUGAGGUGGCUGCUUGUUUGUUGUUAUUGGCUAAUAGUGAUCAUGUUAGUUCAACAGUGUUAGAGACCGAGUGCGGUGGUGGUGGUGAGGGGAGUGGCAUUGGCGGCGGUGCUACGUGUAGUAGUUUUCAUGUUCAAGAAGAUGCGAUCAAUUGUCGUUUUGAGUGCUCAAGUUGCAAGAAGGUGUUUGGAUCACAUCAAGCAUUAGGUGGUCAUAGGGCUAGUCACAAGAAUGUGAAAGGCUGUUUUGCUAUAACUAGGAGUAGUGAUGGUUGUGAUAUGGGUGAGGAGAAUAGUGGAAUUGUGGGUGUUGAUGUGAAGGAGAAUAUGGAGGAUAAUCAUACUAAUACUAAUGAUAAUAAUAAUAAUAACAAGAUGUUGAUGGUUUUAGGGCAUAAAUGUAGCAUUUGUUUAAGGGUAUUUUCCACUGGGCAGGCACUUGGCGGGCAUAAAAGGUGCCACUGGGAGAAAGGGGAGGAGGCUUCUUCUUCUAUGAAUUAUCGAUCAGGGCUUAAUAGUAUUGUUUAUGCAGCAAAGGAGAAUUGUGGGUUGGACCUCAAUUUGCCUGCUCCAGUUGAAGAUGAAUCUUCCUCUUCUUAUUCAUCAGGCCUCACUCUAGAUUUGAGAUUGGGCCUUUGAGAAAAGGAACAUUGAUUGGUAGGUCUUUUCUUUUGUUAGGAUUUCUUUGCUAAACUCGGUAUGUAACUGACUUGUACCCUUUUGUUAGUAGUAAAUAUUCAUGUAUCAUUGUUGCUCUUGCUCCAAAAUUUGGAAGCAUAUAUAC